AUGGACAGCCAUCCUAAUGGUCAUCUCAAAGCCUCACCGGUUGUCCGAUCAUCUCGCUACCGGCCCGAGAAGAAAAGCACCCUUAUCGGCUGGACGAUCAACAAAUCCGCCAAACUCGCCGUCUGGGCGACUCUCUUCACCGUCGCCUUCCGCUGUCCCUCAUCACCGGCUGAGCUUACAGGAUCAAAGCAAGACGUAUAUGUCUGCAAGCCUUACUUCCAGCUAAAGGACGUCGUCACUCCGUAUGCGCAGCCUUACUACGACCAAUAUCUGUCUAAGCACCUCGACACCGCGCGACCGUACGUCGAACAGGUCAACAAACACGUCUACCAACCCGGACAGGCUGCGUUUCAAAGAUAUGCCGCUCCUCAACUCACGAACGCUCAAAAGUACGGACAACAGCAAUGGGACAAGGCGGUCAAGCCUCAAUUGGAUAUCUUAUCGGCCGAGGCGGGCAAACAAUACGAGGCGAAUCUUGCACCUCACGUGAGAAAGGCGCAAGACGUGGUGCAGCCCUACUAUGAUACUGUACAAUCGCAAGCUGCCGAUAUCUGGCAAUCGCAGAUUCACCCUGUCUAUCAAAAGGCUGCCCCCAUCGCUCAGGACUUCGCAAGCCGCGGCCAGCAAUUCGCCGUCGAGACUGCGCUCCCUCAGGCACAAGUUGUUGGCGGUCACGCUCUCGACUUCUGGAGCCGUCGCAUCUAUCCUCAAUUACGUAUUCUCUACGGCGAGAACGUCGAGCCCCAGCUGCUCCGCAUUAGCGAGCGUCUGGGUCGCUACCACGAUGGGAAGAAACUUCAGGCUGAUAUCAAGAGCAUCGAGACCUCAUCGAAGGUGGCGGAAGCUUCUUCGAGUGCUGUCUCGCUUGCGUCAUCGCUGUCAUCUGCUAUCAGUUCCGCAACUGCUUCGCCAUCUUCCGCCAUCUCCGAGGCUGUGUCGGCUGCGCCAAAGGCUACUGUAGAGCCAAAGGUCCAAUUCCAGCAGGACCUCCAGAAAUGGAAGACUCUUGCCGACACUGCUGUUGAGGAAGGCGUAGAGGAUCUCAAAGAACGCGUCAAGGAUCUCACCGCGCACCAGAUCAGCAGCCAAGCCGAAAGCGUGGGUAGCGCAUUGGUCGUGCAGCUUGAGGAGACAGUUGAGCAGGUCAAGAGCAGCAUCAAGAAGCACGCUGUGAAGCUGACCCGUGAUCUGUCCGAAGACCCCACCGAUGAAGAGCUGGAGGCUGCACAGGAAAACAUUGUUCAGACCAUCCGCACCGCAGGCCACACCAUCAAGCACAAGGCACAGGCUGUCCGGGACUGGCGUUCGGGUUACGAUUCUCAGACCAACCACUUGGUCGAGAAGGCCCUUCAAUCUACUCUCGAGACCAUUGACAACAUUCGCGAACUGAGGUUGACCGAUAUUGGACGCAAGUAUGCUUCCUCGUCGCUACCACACAAGGAGUGGUCCAAGUACAACGACUUGAAGAAUGCUGCCCAAGACUGGCGCCAGGACGUCACGAAGUCUGCUCACGAGCACCCAGGAUUCGCGGCCGCUAAGCAAGCUGGCGAGGAUGUCGAACACACCGCCAUGGCUGUUGCUGAGGAUGCCGUUGUUGAAUUGACCCGCCUCCGCGAUGUUUCGAAAUGGAAGAUUGAUGCUCAGGAUGACAACGACGACUUCAGCACCAAGUACGUCCCGCCUGUUGCUAAGCGCAUUCAGAAGAAACUCGCUGCUCAGGCUGCUGCGGCUGCCGAAGCUCUCCGACUUAAAGCAGAGGAAGAAAGCAGCAAGGCCGCUCUCGAGAGUGCCACCUCUAAGCUUGCCGAGCAGGCUGCGGCUGCGGCUGCUAGCGCCUCCUCGGCCGUCUUUGGCACCGAGUCGAAGCUUUCCGAUACCGCAACCGAUAUCGUUUCUUCCAUCUCCUCGGCCGUUUUGGGAACUCCGUCCGGACUCUCGGAUAGCGUCAGAGAUGCUGCUUCGGCGGUAUCUGCUGCCGUCAUUGGCACCCCAUCUGGUCUGUCUGACAGUCUGACUGAUGCAGUAUCAUCGGCUUCCGCUGCCAUCAUCGGAACCCCUUCAGGCGUUCUAGAUAGUGCCACUGAUGCUGCAUCCAAAGCCACCGAGGCCGUAGCAUCCUCGAUCUCAUCCGUGUCCUCCAAGAUUGCAGCAGUGUCAAGCGAAACGGUUGGUCCCAAGCUGGCUAGCAUUCUGUCUAACCAGAAGGUCGUUGCUGAAGCCGCUAGCAAGAGCGCUGAGGACAUCAUCAGCGUCGUCUCAAAGAGCGCGUCUUCUGUCAUGGUUGGCACUCCUGAGCCUGUUGCGUCUCAAAUCUCGUCGAGCGCUUCUUCUGCAGCUUCGGUGGCCGCUGAGAGCGUGGAAAGCGCUGGCCAGAAGGUGAGGAGCAAGAUGUUCGCUGGCGCUAUGGCUGAAGUCAUUGUUGAAGCCCGUGAGCCUAUCAUCGAUUAUGCGGAUGACACUCCCAGUGGAUCUGUUCUGGACGAAGCUGCCGCCGCUGCAAGCUCGUACUACGAGACCGCUGUCAAAGAGGCAGCCAGACAUUAUUCCCAGGCCCGCGCUGCCGUUUCGGCUCAAGUCUCUGGCACUCCCGCUCCGAUCCACGAGCAGAUGUACGCCUCUGUAGAAUCCGCAUAUGCUGGCGCCAGGUCUGCUGCUGCCGAAAGGCUUCAAAAGGCUUUUGGAACCAGCUCGCAAGGCACAUACGAGAGCAUCACCUCCGCAGUCGCGGCUGCUUUUGCUCGCCCCACCCAGAACGCUUUGUCAAGCGUGUCAUCGGUCGCCUCAUCUCGCCUCGCUGAAGGACUCAGCCUGGCCUCUGCGCAAUACCAGAGUGCUAAGAUUGCUGUCGGUGCCGAGCCAACACCUGCUCACCAACAGUACCUGGCUUCUGCUCAGCGCGCCUACUACGAGGGCAUCGGUCUCGCUCACGACCGCUACUCGCAAUUCCUGGCUGCCGCAUCAAGCGCCGUCGGUGCCACUCCCACCGCUGGCUUUGCUGGUUUCGUCGCUGCGGCUCAGGCCACAUACAACGCUGCCGUCGCGAACGCAGCUGCUGCUCUUUCCAGCGCAUCCGAUGCCGCGGCUUCUGUGGUCGGUGCCAAGUCCACACCGGCAGCCGGAAUCCUUGACAGCCUUCAGUCUCAAUACGACGCCGCUGUAGCUGCCGCCUCUACCAACCUCGCAGCCGCUUCCAGUCAAGCUAGUGCUGCAUACUAUGGCACUCAGACCGGAGUCGUCGAGUCUGCCGGGUCUGCCAUCAGCUCUGCUGUCUACGGCAAGGAGACUUCGUGGACUGAAUCUGUCGCUGCACAGGCUGCUGCCAACUGGGAAGCUCUGAUCGCUAGUGCAAGUGAGCAAGUCUAUGGAGCCCCGGCUCCGUUCACCGCAUCUGUCUAUAGCCAAGUCACAGCUUAUGCAUCGCAAGCCACCGAUGCCGCCGCUGCCCAAUACGCUGCUGUUCAAUCGCUUUUUGCCGAGCUCGUCAGCGGCAAGGAGCCCGCCUUCACCGACAGCGUCUACAGUCGCCUCAACUCCGCCUACUCCACUGGCGCUCCAGCCAUCGUCGCCGAUGCAUCAAGCUACGCCAGCGCUGUCUACGAGUCCGCCUCAUCAGUAUUGUCCUCCGUCUUCUCCCCGCCCACCGCUGCUCCAAGCAUCCUCGACCACUUCAGCGUCCAACUCAACGCUGCUGUGGAAGCCGCCAGCUCCCAACUUUACGCUGCGACCACUGCCAAGGGCGUCUACGCCCAAGCCACCGACGCAGCCGCUUCAGCUUACACUGACGCCUCCUCCGCAGCCAGUGCCGCCGUAUACGGAACUCCCACCGGCUACGCCGAAGCCGCCCAAAGCAGCCUCAACGCCGCCGGCGCCGACGCUCUGGCCGCUCUGUCCGCCGCAAUCUACGGUGCUCCCACCCCGACCGAUACCUACGGCUCAGCUACCAGCGUCGCCUCGAGCGUAUACUCCGCCGCCGCCGAUGCCGCAACCGCCGCCCACGCCGCGCUUUUCGGCGGCAAAGAUACCGCCUACCUCUCCGACAUCCAGAAGCAAGUCGAGGAGGCCAUCGCCGGUGCCAACAGCCGCAUUGCAGAACUUGCGACACAGGCUAGUGCGGCGGCGGGCGGGGCAGCGCAGUCGGUCAGCAGUGUGGUUGAGGAGGCGACGAGGAGGGUCAAGGAUGAGCUUUGA